AUGGAUGAAAAUGUGCCGAAGUUACUGCACUAUGGGCACUUAGGAAAGCCUGUCUAUCACCCGGAAACCCGGUCGUGGGAGUUUUUGCGGACUCUGGUUCGUCUUUCGCAUACCAUCACAGCAGCAAGCAGAGCAUGUAACACUUUGGUGUCCACGCUUCUUGACUUUGGACGUGCAGUGGAUUUUGAUAUUGACUCGUCGGGACGCCGGGCGGUCCCUAUCGUGGCAUUUGCGUCUGGAGAAUGCGGCAAUACUAUUUCCUUACGGACAAUAGCCCACGAAACGGUAGAACUAGAGCAAGUAACGCCGACUCAGUUGCGUGUUCCAACGAUUGGAGAUUAUGAUCAUAUUGAAUGGCACGUGGGUGGAGCCCCUAUUCGACAAAUCUGCUUUUCCAAUGCCCCAGAGGAGAGAGCUACGUUUAUGGCGGUUCGCUUCUCCUCUACGUUCGUCUUCAGGCCACUCUAUCGCAGAACCCCCGUCUCAGUUCCCAUUCAGCGAGCCAACAAUGAUGUGGUUCUUGAUCAUCAGGUUUCUCGACUCGAUCCCAAUUUCUUGUUGGAGAUAUCAACGUCGCACACUGGAGGCGCCCCUCACGCAGACGUGAAAUUCAAUCCCUGGAACCCAAGCCAGCUUGCUAUCGUCGAUGAGGAUGGUAACUGGGGUGUUUGGGAGUUACACAAUCAGCACAAGCGUAACAAGGACAACUGGGUCGCCUCACGUGUGAUAUCGGGUACUCUUCCAUGGGCUGGUAUUGAAGAUCAAAACACAGGAGCACAUGCCCGACAUGACGGAUGGCUAGCUAUUGAAUGGGCUGUGAAUGGGAAUCAUCUUAUUGUCUGUGACAGAAGAUGCUCCAUGCUCUACCGAAUGGACGAGAACCGGGCGUAUCCCUGUUCGAUGGAGCUCAGCUUCAAUAGGCCAUCCGAAUGGAUCCUAAGUAUCAGAAGGAGUACCCGUAAUCCAUCGCACGUAUUCAUUCUCACGACUUCCCAACUCGUCUGGUUUGAGGUUAUACCAGCUUCGAUUCCCGUCGAUGAUGAUAUAGGGCUCUCACUAUCUUCGCGUCUCUCCUGGCGUCAUUUUCGCGAUUCAGACGACACGACGCUACAGUUGGCUUCAUUGACAGUAAAUGCUGACUUUACCGAAGAUUUCUACCUAGUGUUGUUUUCUAAGCUCAGUCACUUUGUGCUAGCUUUUUAUUGCUCUGAGCCACCUGAGUAUAUGCGUGAUUCAGCAACUGCUCUUGAUCCAUUCAUUCUACAUGUCCCAACCACAUCCGUCCAUACAGAAGAUUUUGAGGCUCUUUCGAUCGACGCGCACUUCUCCACACUUGUCUUCAAAGAAAUCACUCCCACAGCUAUGGAUUAUCAGCAUUUGGACUGCGGCUUGAGUUUCGUCAAGGUCUUUGCAGUAGAUUCAAGCCUUCGUGUUCAGGAAUCAUUGUACUCAAGGCCUUCGACUAGUAGUCUUGAAACCGAGCAUUUGCAUGCUAGCGACGUUUUACGAGUCAGAAAUCUCCGCCAUGCUGGACUGCAGAAGAAGGUGAUACACUCUAGGAGUGGGUUUAUAGUUGAUGAACUGGACGAACCCGUGCGUGGUGUUAAAUUGGUCUCAGACCUUGGAAUUGGCAGUAUAGCCCAGUUGGCAGACCCACAAUUCACGCUUGAUUACACACAUAUUUACACGAUAGCGAUUGGAGAUCAGAACAUGCUGCCGCAGGACGGUCAAAUUACUACGGAGUGCAGUUUCCAGAGUCUGAUUCAGGAAAUGGUACAGAAAAUCGCUGGUCAUGUUCCCUUCCAAGUUCCUACUUGCCAGACAGUGCUUGAAACGUUGCGGAAGUCACCUACACUAGAUGAUAUCGACCAGAACGCUCAAGAUUUAGCUGCCUUUGUCUCUCAAGCUGAGUCGGACCGUUCAGUGCUCGGGAAUCGAGCCAGGUUCCUUAUACAGCCAUACGAUUCGUUCGGUGCGCGGUCAACCCAGCAAGAAAAACCAAUUGGGGCUUCGAAGUUGAACUUGAUUGCUAUAUAUGAUCGGCUGGUUAAUCAUUGGCUCACCGACUUGCCUUCUGACGUACCCGGACGAGCUAGGAUCACAAAAGAGAAGGCUAUUCGGCAGCUUGUGGCCGAUAUUGUGCUUUCCCAGAUUAUCUCGGUACCUCAAAAAGAAGCGGCUGAGUCUACCACGAAAAAAGAUGUGACCUGGUCCGCUUUUUCUAGCAGUGGCCUGAACACCCUAUCGAGACUCAACGAUGAGAAAUCCUCUUAUGGGGCACUGUUGAGUUCCGCUGACGAGAGCGUCCUGUCGCCGGCAGAUACCGCAGCCGCGCAAAGCUCUACGCUAGGGGACUCGGUAUUACCCGAGCGCCAGACGGACCAGCGGCCAACCUUCAAAGUAUUAUCAUCCUACACAAGAUAUGACAAAACAGGACCGACUUCUCGAAGUGCGGAACGCAUACUCGACCAUUGGCAACCGGGACUCGAUCCGGCCUCAUAUCUACUAGCAUCCGAAGGGUCACAACUGGCUGCCAAGAACAAGGUUUCAAAGGGUAAAUCGCGGAAAAAUGUGUCACAGACUCUAAAGAAAAUCAGUCAUGAUUCUCCUAUGCCGCCUCUCGUUUCUUCCCCUGUACCUGCUGUUAGAGGAGCCUGGGGUAGCCAGCCGGAAACAGGCCAGCCGCCCAUAAUACGUUUCCAAGGCAGCCAGCCUACAGAGGAUGUUCCUAUGACUCAAAUCGAGCGGGGGGUGUUUGGGAGUCGUGAGGCAAGCAGAAAAAGUGGGAUGAAGGCGAAGAAGAAGAAACGAGCAGCAGGGUUUUAA